AUGGCAGCGUCUACCGCGUGCACGCUCGGUGCGGUCGCCUGGCAGGCAGCCGCCAAGGCCGACCGCGCGGCGGAGCUUCUGUCCUCCGCCAGCUGCGCUUCCACGAAGUCGCUUCGGGUCGUGCCUGCCGCCAAGGCCUCUCUCCAGGUCCGUGCCUCACUGCGCCUCGCUGCGCCCGCAGCUCAAGCACACUUAAGCGAGCAGACGUCGUUCGGGGCGGGGCACAGUAGAGCGGAGCUCAAGCACACUUGCGACGUUGCACUUGAUUGGAAGCCCUCAUGCCGUCGCUCUCCCCUUCCCGUCCGCGUUCCGCGCAGGCUGGUGGAUUCGCGCGAUAUCGUCGAGCUGGAGCUCAAGCAGGGGGGGUUUGAGAUCCUCAUCCGCAAGAAGGAGGCUCUCCCCGCCCCCGCGGCCCCCGCCGCGCCCCCCGCGCCCGCCUACCCCGCCUACCCCCCUCCCCACAUGAUGGCGCCGUUCCAAUACGCGGACGCCCCGGCCCCCGCCGCCGCCGCCGCCCCCGCGCCUGCUGCCAAGCCCGCUGCUGCGCCCGCCGCCCCUGCGCCGCCUCCGCCCGCCGCGCUUCCGCCCAUGGUUUCCCCCAUGGCUGGGACGUACUACUCCUCCCCCGCCCCCGGCGAACCCCCUUUCCUCAAGGUGGGCGACAAGGUGACUAAAGGGCAAGUGGUGUGCAUUGUGGAGGCCAUGAAGCUCAUGAACGAGAUCGAGGCGGACCAGUCAGGCACGGUGGUGGCCAUUAUCGCAGAGGACGGCAAACCAGUGUCUGUUGGCGCGCCUCUGUUUACAAUCAAGCCAUGA